GAGCCGCCCCCUUCUGCCUGAGCUGCACGCCCGCCGCCGCCUCUCCCUCCCCCCUUCCCUCUUCUCCCCCCUCCUCCUCCUCCUCCCUCCCCUCACAGGUGUUGCCACUAACGAUGCCCCUGAUUGUGUUUUGCCCGCAGAUCGUCCGGCGCUGCUGUCCCUGCUGAUAUCGCCCGCCUCAGGACGCCGGGACCCGGAGGCUGCGGCGUCCGCCUCCGCCUCCGCCUCCCUCUCCCUCUCCGUCUGGAUAUAAACGCCCCCACGGCCUUAUUCUCCUCGCAUACUCGGCUUCGUCGCAGCCCGGGGCGAGCAGCGUUGGGUUUAUGUCUUUAUUGGACGAAAACGAGCUGUUGCGCAGCCACUGGUACCUGUAUUGGGGAAACAUAGCAUACAAGCAAGAACCUUACAGCCUCAGUGGCGAAAAUUUUUUCAUGUCAGAGACCGAGAACUCUUGCAGUCGUUUAUGUCAUCCCGUCUUCUCCAGACAGAAGAUACCAAAAAACUGCAAUCAAAGAUCUCUUCAUCUUAUUGAUAAAGCUACUAAUAAGGCAAAAUGUCUGUCAACGUCAACCGCAGUGUUUCAGAUCAGUUCUAUCGCUACAAAAUGCCCCGUCUGAUUGCCAAGGUGGAGGGCAAAGGAAAUGGAAUAAAGACGGUUAUAGUCAACAUGGUUGACGUUGCAAAGGCGCUUAAUCGGCCUCCAACGUAUCCUACCAAAUUUUUUGGUUGUGAGCUGGGAGCACAGACCCAGUUUGAUGUUAAGAAUGACCGUUACAUUGUCAAUGGAUCUCAUGAGGCGAAUAAGCUGCAAGACAUGUUGGAUGGAUUCAUUAAAAAAUUUGUUCUCUGUCCUGAGUGUGAGAAUCCUGAAACUGAUCUGCAUGUCAAUCCUAAGAAACAAACUAUAGGUAACUCUUGCAAAGCCUGUGGCUAUCGAGGCAUGCUUGACACAAACCAUAAACUUUGCACGUUCAUUCUCAAAAACCCACCUGAAAGUGGUGACACUGGUACAGGAAAGAAAGAAAAGGAGAAAAAGAACAGAAAAGGCAAGGACAAAGAGAAUGGUUCUGUGUCCAGUAAUGAGACACUUCCACCCCCACCACCAGAGGAGAUUACUCCUCCACAGGUUGUGGAAGAGGAGGACGAUGAUGACUGGGGUGAAGACACAACAGAAGAAGCCCAGAGGCGUAGAAUGGAUGAAAUUAGUGACCAUGCGAAGAACCUCACACUUAGUGAAGACCUGGAAAGAACAGUGGAGGAGAGGGUCAACCUACUGUUUGAUUUUGUGAAGAAAAAGAAGGAAGAAGGUGUCAUUGAUACUUCUGACAAAGACAUUGUAGCAGAAGCAGAGAGACUGGAUGUAAAGGCUAUGGGCCCACUGGUUCUCACUGAAGUCCUUUUCGACGAAAAGAUUCGUGAACAGAUAAGGAAAUACAGGCGUCACUUCCUUCGUUUCUGCCACAACAACAAGAAAGCUCAGAGGUAUCUUCUCCAUGGCUUCGAGUGUGUGGUAGCCAUGCAUCAGUCUCAGCUUAUUUCUAAAAUACCACAUAUUUUGAAGGAAAUGUACGAUGCAGAUCUUCUGGAAGAAGAAGUCAUCCUUGGCUGGGCAGAAAAGGCCUCAAAGAAAUAUGUUUCAAAGGAGCUUGCCAAAGAAAUCCGUGUCAAAGCUGAACCAUUUAUUAAGUGGCUAAAGGAAGCUGAAGAAGAAUCUUCCGGUAAUGAAGAAGAGGAUGAAGAUGAAAAUAUAGAGGUGGUGUACUCUACAACUGCCAGUGUACCUAAAGUUGAAACUGUGAAGCCUGCAAACAAUAAAGAUGACGAUAUUGAUAUUGAUGCCAUUUAAAGUGAUGCAACAUAGCUUCCAGCAUAAUAAUGCAAACUUCUCUGCAUUUUCUGCCAGAAGUGUGACUUGUAUGUGCACAAGCUGAAAUGGCUUAACAUCCUGCUACCCUUUUACUCUUAAAAUGUAUCUUUUUACUGUGACUGGUCUUGUGUAACUAAGCCUAAUACCAAGGAGUCGGCACGUGGAUGAACUGAUUUAGUUUGCAACUGGCAUGUUCUAUUUUGUUUUCCUAACUUGUGUUGGACACAUGCUUGGAGCACAUUUAUACAGUUGUGGAAAUAAAGGAUUUGGUUUUGGUCAGUCUUCA